AUGGAAGCAAUACAAUUUUCAGUUCAUUACUUACGCAAGCUUAACUUAUCAAAACCUUUACCCUUUCAGUGUGAAGAAUUAAUAUUUUAUGCUCAGAAGAAUGAUGAAAAACUUUUGCUUUCGUGGAAACUGAUGAAAAAAUAUUGGAAUAAAACAGCUGAGUUUUCCACAAAACAGUAG